ACAAACCAGGAAGAGAAUCCAGUAAACUAUCACCAUGAUUAUGCAAAUGAAGAUAGCAUAGUGAUUGAUGGGAGAGUCACGCCUGAAUCGGCAAGAAUUAAUUUAGAAGAACCAUCCACGAGUAGAUCUGCAUUGAACUUCUCAGAUGUGUUAACAAGGCCCUCUCUCCAUCGGAGCCAUUUGAACUGUACCAUGUUGGAUUCCACAGUACCGCACUGUCAACCCUCUACAUCUUCUUCGCUUGGCAUUGGCAGUCCUGGACUGUCUCUUGUAAAAGAAAUAAAAGAUUCUACCUCUCAGCAUGAUGAUGACAACAUCUCAACAACCAGUGGCUUCUCUUCUAGAGCGUCUGAUAAAGAUAUCACCGUUUCAAAAAAUAGUUCAGCACCACUGCUGUGGUCCACAGAGGCUGAAAGAUCUCAUUCCCUCUCACAGCAUCCUGCAGCUAGCUCUAAAAAACCUGCAUUCAAUUUAUCUGCUUUUGGGUCUCCCUCUCCUUCACUUGGAAACACUUCUGUCUUUAAGACAAGUCAACUCGGGGAUUCUCCAUUUUACCCUGGAAAGACCACUUAUGGUGGUGCAGCCGCAGCAGCAAGAGAGACAAAAGCGCGAAUUGCUUCUUAUCAGCCACCAGUAAGAAGGCAAAUGAAAGCUAAACAAGCAAGCGUGCAGUCCUAUGGUGUGACAAGUUCCACAGCACGGCGCAUCUUGCAGUCAUUGGAGAAGAUGUCAAGUCCUUUGGCGGAUGCUAAAAGGAUCCCAUCUUCUGUUUCUAGUCCACUGUCUUCUCCUGUGGACAGGAGCUUGCUGAAUAUUACUAGCUUCCAAUCCAAACGACGACAGAUGGAAUUGCAGCAACCACCUGUCCAGAAACUUGUGACACCAAAGGCAAUCUCCCUGUCAGUGAGUCGGACCCAGUAUUUUAAACCAUCUCUGACUCCAGCUACUGAUUCCAGCAAAAUUCACCAGAGGGUAGAUAUAAAGCACAAAAGCAUGAGAGAGAAGAGUUUUCCUGCAGAACAGCAAGUAAAACCAUCUGAAAGCAAUUCAACCUAUCCCAAAUUUGGUACUCCUGCAUCCAAUGGCCUGUCUUCAGGAGGAGGAGUGGGUGGUGGCGGCAAGAUGAGAAGGGAAAGAGAACACUAUGUAUCAAAACUUGGACAGGAACAACAGGAAGUGGAGGAACCAGUACUACCGAAGGUACCCCUACCCAUCGGUACUGCAUCGCUGCCUUCCUUCACCUUUAGUUUUCUUGCCAGUAGCACUGUCUCAUCGUCACCAAGUGCUGUUUCAACGGCAGUGAUGAACAAGGUACAACCAGCAAGUAAUGUUGGCAGUCCUGUGUUCAGAUUUUCAUCUCCAAUUGUGAAAUCUACUGAGGCGGAAGUGCUACCUCCGUUGUCUCAGAUUGGGUUUACAUUUAGUGUUCCUGUUGUAAAAUCAACAGAGCUUUCUGGAUCCAGUGAUACACCAGUGACAUCCUUACUUACUUUAGAUACCACCACUGUAAACAGCACCAGCAAUAAGAUGGGAAAAGAAGAAGAAUACAAUGGCCCCUCCAAACCUGCAAAGGUCUUAAAAGAAGGAAGUGUGUUAGACAUUCUAAAAAGCCCUGGCUUUAUGACUGUGAAAACACAUUCCUCUACAUCUGCACAGCCUGUUACAAGCACAGUGGUCUAUACAAGGCCUGCAAUAAGUAGUUUUUCUGCAGGUAAAGACACCUCUAAACAAGCAUCCUCAUUUUGGCAGUCUGACACAUGCGACCCAUGUCUGCAAAACAAAACCACAGAUGGCAAAUAUGUAACAUGUGAAGCUGCUAAAGUGUCAACAGUUGAGAAUACAAAGCAGACAAUAAGCUCAAGUCAAUGUGUCACCUCUAAAGCAGUAGUCCCUACAACAGGAACAUUGGGCUUUGAAGACAAAUUUAAGCCAGCACCCAACACGUGGGAUUGUGAUACUUGUCUGGUCCAGAACAAACCUGAAGCUACAAAAUGUAUAGCAUGUGAGACACCAAAGCCUGGAACAGGAGUAAUGCCUGCUCUGACAUUGCCAGUGGUCACAGACAGCUCGGUGACGGUGACGUCUUCCUCCAGCAGCACUGACACAACAGUCACUCUGGGGUUUGGAGACAAAUUUAAGAAGCCAAAAGGCUCUUGGGACUGUGCAGUGUGCCUUGUUUCAAAUAAGGCAGAAGACAGCAAAUGUGUAGCUUGUCAGUCUGAGAAACCAGGGAGUUCAGUGCCUGUGACCAGUAGCAGCGUUUCUGCAUUUUCUGCUUCUUCUGGAGGAUUUCUGGAUUUAGACAAAUUCAAGAAGCCUGAAGGAAGCUGGGACUGUGAGGUCUGUUUAGUCCAAAACAAAGCAGAAGCCACAAAAUGUGUAGCCUGUGAAAGUGCAAAACCAGGCACCAAAGCAGAGCUCAAAGGUUUUGGUACUGCUACUGUGUCCACAAAUGCUGCAAUGCCAUCAUUUACAUUUGGUGUCCAGCCAUCCUCCUCUGAAUCUUCUCAUACAUUAGGUAGCACAGGAAGUUUUAAAUUUGGAGAACAAGGGAGCUUCAAGUUUGGCAUUGCAUCUGAAUCUGCAUCCUGCAACACUGCGGCUGGGGGAUUUAAGUUUCCUGCUAGUGCAGGGGACUUCAAAUUUGGAGUUUCUUCCUCAGACUCUAAAUCAGAAGAUAUUAACAAAGAAGGUAAAAGUAACAGUUUUACCUUUGGACUUUCAUCUACAAGCAGUCAGGCUCCUUCAGCAUUUCAGUUUGGGACAGCGAGCCUGGGACAGCAGGAGAAGAAAGAGGAACCAGUUUUGGGAGGCUUUGGUUUUGGCACAAGUUCUGCUUCUUCCAUAACUACUAAUGAGAAUAAAACCGGAGUCAGUGGCUUCACUUUUGGAACUGUGGCAGAAAAGGAGGCAGCAUCACCCGCUUUUCCAUUUAAGAAGACAGAUGAGAAAAAGGAUGAAACUCUUCCAGCCAAGGGAGGCUUCUCUUUUGGCACUGUGGAGUCUGCACCUGCCUCACAGUUUGUUUUGGGAAGGACAGAAGAGAAACAGGACUCUGUCACUUCUGCUGCUCCAUUAACAUUUGGAAAGAAAGCUGACAGUGAAGAGCUAAAGGCACAACCUAUCUUUUCAGCUGGGACGGCUGAGCAUACCAAAGAGGAGAGCACAGCAAAACCUAUGUUCAAUUUUAGUUUUGUUAAACCAUCGGAGAAGGAGAGUGAGCAGGCAAAGCCAUCUUUUGCAUUUGGGGCACCAACUAGUACUUCAGAUCAAGGAGCAACAAAGCCAUCCUUCAGCUUCUUGAGCUCUAGCUCCUCAAGCACAGUUGUACCCACCACUUCAGCCAACAGCAGCAGUGUGUUUGGCAGCGCCAUCUCUUCCUCAAAUCCUCAGCCCGUUCCCGCUCCCUUUGUGUUUGGACAACCCAGCAACACUGUGAGCAGCUCUGUUUUCGGCAAUUCUGCAGAAUCUGCAGCAUCUCAGUCAUUUGGCUUCUCUCAAGAAAACAAACCAGCAACCACAUCCUCCAGCACUGGCACGGCUCUUGCUUCAUUUCUCUUUGGUUCAGGUGCCAGCAGUACCAAUGCAGCAAAUUCAGGCUUCACCUUUGGAGCCACCACCACGUCAAGUUCAACAGGGUCAUCCUCUCCGUUUCUGUUUGGCUCUGGGCCUGCAGCACCUGCUGCCGGGCCAACGUUUGGUGCCAGCCAGCCACCAGCAUUUGGCCAGAGCCAAGGGUCCAGCCAGCCAAGCGCUCCAAGUUUCGGGUCACUGUCGACACCAUUGUUUUCAGCUGGUGCUCAGCCUGCUCCUCCUGCCUUUGGCUCGGUGACAAGCAGCACUCAGCCCUCUGUGUUUGGACAGCAAGCGACCCAACAGCCAGGGUUUGGCUCUGGUACCCCCAGUACUGGUUCUGUAUUCCAGUUUGGAAGUAGUACUUCUAAUUUCAACUUCCCAAAUAACCCAGGAGUAUUUACUUUUAGUGCAAAUCCUUCUGCACCAGCAGCACCGGCACAGCCUGCUGGCUCUUCAGGAUUUUCGUUCAGCCAGCCUCCAGCAUUUACAGUGGGGUAAGAGACCGUAUCAGAAUUUCGCUUGAGCUUCGGGUAAUAUCAGUGGACAGUGUUCAGCCUCUACUGCUGUUAAAUCAUGAGGUGUUCAGAUGAACUUUCAAGUUUGAAACUAAAUUGGGCAUCCUUCCUUGUACUAGCCUGUCUGGGUAACUAAGCAACGGUAUCUUUAAAGGAGCCUAGCUGUCAGAAAUAUCAACGUAUGUGAAAUUGUCUUGUUCUUGAAAGGUAAAAUCCGUAUCUAGCCAUUAUGCUGCUACUUACCUUCUGAAUAAGAGAGAUUUAAUUGCUUUUGGUUUCUGGAACUCUCUCCCUCCUGUUCAUCAUAUGCCAUUUGUUGCCAGCGGGUAACAGUUGUUCUGGAGUAUCUACUCAGUGCUGCUACUGAAUUUUCAGCUACACUGUCCUAAACUCUGAACUACUAAUUUCUUUUGAUAGGACUAAUGGGAAAAAUGUUUUCUCUGCCUCUGGAUCUUCAGUUUCUGGUCGGAAGAUAAAGACUGCAGUUAGACGUAGAAAAUAAUCGCCCGAUUGGUAUCGCAACUUUCGAAGCAGCUACUACCCUGCAUUGUUCAGUUGUUGGGAUCGUACCUCAUGCUGGGUUAGCUGAAGUCAGAUCUGCCUAAAGGAAUAGAAAACUCUGCUGCCCUUCCCUUCCCUCUCCCCAGUUAGGUUUUUUUUUUUUGGUAACGAAUAGAGUUGGCAACAGGGCCGUUCGUUCUCAAGCAAAACUAUUUUAGAUUCCAGCAAGUUCCUUCUUUCACUGACUCGGCAUGGUCUGGCUGUAGCCGUGAGUAGAGCCUGCACAGUGAAUGGCUUGUACAAUACCUCCUCAUCUGCACCACUAUGUGCGCUCAUCUGCGUUUACUGACGCCUCGAAAUUGUAAUUAUAUCAGCGAGGGAUGCUGUAUAGAGUAGAGAAUGUUGAUAACGAAUGAUUUCUAUGCUGAGUUUGUGCUGGUGUAUGUGUGAAGUGAGUGAGUUUGGGUGUAUUGUGCACUAAAAUUUUCUGAUAGAGGAAGACUGAUUAAAGGAUGAUCCGUGCUAAGGACUUGUUAGAUCUGUAGUUCUUCAUUUAAUAAUUAUGCUAUUUCUAUAUUUUCAUUCUUACAGCCCUUUAUCACCUGUCUCGCCUUUGUUAUUUUAUUAUGAAACAUGUGUAAAUACAAUUUUGUUUCUCUAUGUACUUUUUUGGCAUAACAAAUCUGUGAAAUUGAAAUUUUAAUUUUGUGUGUUACGGCCAUUUUUGUUUAGUAUUGUCUCAGAUUUUAUGUAAAUCCCAUUAUUCAAAGUUGCCUAAAUCCAUUUAGAAAAUCUUUAAAAUUGGGAAUUCUUAAAGUAAGUUUAUUGGCUUUUCUGAUCCAUUUUUGUUUGGACCAAAAACCAGUAUUGUACAAAGUAUUAAGUAUAUAUUUUUAUAUUUACUGAAAUGGACUGUGGUGACUUUGGAUAAUAAGGAAAAGUUUAAUAUUAAAGCCAUGUUUAUUACAGUAUAAUUAACAUGUUAAACCAUGGGAUAAAUGCCAUCAAUAAAACUAUGAAAUACUGGCUGGCAGUUGUAACUCUCCUUGAAGGCAGCUGCAGCUCUGUGAGAUGAUUCACUCCACCUGAGCAAUGUCACAUGCUUUCUCCAACCUCUGCUUUCUGACAGAUGCUGAUUUUAGAUGAUCUUAAAUUAGUUAGGGGUUCCCUGGCACAAAGCAGAGUUUUAUUGUUGACUUAAGCUCAGAGCCCAUAUGUCAGGGUGUCAGUUGUCUGGCUGCAAGGGUUGCGGUUAAUUUUUAUAGAGAUAUUAAAAAAAAAAUAUGCUAAUUUUACAAACAUUCACCACCAUU